AUUCAAAGACCAUCUCGAAUGCCACCAGAAUUAAAGCUGCCUAUGUUGGUGCUUCGCGAUGUACCAAAAGCCAGACGUGAGGUGGCAUUACAUUACGCGGCUGGUGAGCAUCUGCAUAUAGUACGUGUUUAUGACGUAUACGAAAAUACGUAUGGUCAAGUAAAGUGUCUCUUAAUGGUUAUGGAAUGUAUGAAAGGUGGUGAACUAUUCAGUCGAAUUCAGCAACAUUCUCAAUCGCCUUUCACUGAACGUGAAGCCGCUCAGGUCAUGUACGAAAUAUGCUCAGCAGUAGCGCAUUUGCACAAGAUGAAUAUCGCGCAUCGUGAUAUCAAACCUGAAAAUCUUUUAUACACUUGUGAAGGACCAUCGGGUAUUUUAAAGCUAACAGAUUUUGGUUUUGCGAAAUACGUGGACGACACUGAAUCAAAGCCAUUAGAAACACCGUGUUAUACGCCUUAUUACGCUGCACCUGAGGUGCUUGGUCCAGAAAAAUAUGAUAAAUCGUGUGAUAUGUGGUCAAUUGGUGUCGUAAUGUAUAUCCUUUUGUGUGGCUAUCCACCGUUCUUUUCUGAGAACGGUCUACCGAUGUCGCCCGGCAUGAAAAAUAGAAUUCGUUCGGGCAAAUAUGACUUCCCCUCACCUGAAUGGGAUAAAGUCUCGGAAGCGGCAAAAGAUCUGAUAAGGAGGCUGUUAAAAACGGAUCCCAGUGAACGAUACACGAUUGAACAAACGAUGAAUCAUAAAUGGAUAACGCAUUAUCAGAAAGUGCCCGAAACACCACUGUUGGGUGAAUCGACAGCGAAGAGGGAGGGUAUGUUGGGAGUGAGAAGGGAUGAAAUGGAGAAAACGCUCGCAACGAUGCGAGUUGGUACUGAAGAUGUGCAUAUCAAAAGUUUAAAAGAUUCAAAUAAUCGUCUCUUGAAUAAGCGUCGCAAUCGAGUGGAACAACACUGA